AUGCUUUCCGCAGCUGAUGGCUGUGACCUUGCAACCACUAUGCGUGGGAAGACCAUUUGGAAGAAGUUCAAGGAACUGCUACCAGUCCUAACAUCACGCCACCUGUCAUACAAGACCUGUGGUCGAGUGUAUAACACCCGAGUACGGAGCGCUAUGCUCCAUGCCAGUGAGACCUGGGCACUGACCAAGCCAAAUCUUCAUCACCUACUGCGCAAUGACAGGGCCAUGAUAAGACAGAUCUGUAACAUCAAGCCUGAAGAUAUGGCCACUGUAGGUUCAACUGAAUUGCUGGGGCGGCUUGGCAUCUAUGACCUCGACCUCAUCUUAAGGGAAAGGAGAUUCCGCUGGUAUGGCCACAUUGUCAGAUCCAGCAGUGCAGUCAAGUGCGCUUUAAAUAUACAAGUUCCUGGGAGAUGUAGAGUUGGUCGGCCAAUGCUAUCAUGGAGAGAGCUGACGGAGAAAGAUCGUAGAGAAUGA